AUGAGCCGCCUGGGCUCGGUGCAGCGGAAGGUGCCCUGCCUGUUUGUGACGCAGGUGAAAGAGCAGCCCUCGGCCAAGCGGGAGCGCCAGCCAUUUAAAGUUUUGGCAACUGAAACCAUAAAUAGAAAGGCGUUAGAUGCAGAUAUAUACAAUGCAAUUCCAACUGAGAAGGUGGAUGGAACCUGCUGUUAUGUAACAACGUAUAAAGGGCAGCCGUAUCUUUGGGCGAGGUUGGAUAGAAAACCCAACCAACUAUCUGAGAAAAGGUUUAAAAGAUUCCUGUAUUCAAUGGAAGACUCAAAAGAAUUUAUUUGGAAUAUUGAAGAAGACUUCAGACCUGUCCCAGAAUGCUGGAUUCCAGCAAAGGAAAUCCAGCAAUCCAGUGGAAACCCUUUGCCUGAUGAAAAUGGACACAUUCCAGGUUGGGUGCCAGUGGAGAAAAAUAGCAAACAAUAUUGCUGGCAUUCAUCUGUUGUUAAUUAUGAGGCUGAAAUAGCCCUUAUAUUGAAGUGCCAUGCUGAUGAUCCUGGACUUUUGGAAAUCAGUUCUGUGCCAUUAUCAGAUCUUUUGGAACAAACACUGGAGCUUAUUGGAACUAAUAUUAAUGCAAAUCCAUAUGGAUUAGGAAGCAAGAAGCACCCUGUUCAUCUUCUUGUACCACAUGGAGCAUUUGAAAUAAAGAAUCCACCUAUGCUGAAGCACAGUGAUAUAUUGGCUUGGUUUGAAAGCUGUAGAGAGGGUAAAAUUGAAGGAAUUGUAUGGCAUUGUAAUGAUGGACAUUUAAUCAAGCUCCAUCGACAUCAUCUUGGUAUGUGCUGGCCAAUUCCAGAGACAUAUCUGAAUUCUCAACCAGUUGUCAUUGCUGUUAAUAGGACCAAAUAUGACUGUGACUUUGAACCAAAGUGUUUGUUUAACCAUUUUUCAAAGCUGGAUGGGCAGAGGUUCAGUAGACUAAAAGAUAUAAAGUUUGAUGUUUAAAG